AUGACGUGGGUCUGCGAAGAGAUCCCGGACCUCAAGCUCGCUAUGGAGAACUACGUUUUAAUCGACUACGACACCAAAAGCUUCGAGAGCAUGCAGAGGCUCUGUGAUAAGUACAACCGCGCCAUCGACAGCAUCCACCAGCUGUGGAAGGGGACCACUCAGCCCAUGAAACUGAACACCCGGCCGUCCAACGGGCUCCUGCGGCACAUCCUGCAGCAGGUGUAUAACCACUCGGUGACGGACCCCGAGAAGCUCAACAACUACGAGCCCUUCUCCCCGGAGGUGUACGGGGAGACCUCCUUUGACCUGGUCGCGCAGAUGAUCGACGAGAUCAAGAUGACCGAGGACGACCUGUUUGUGGACCUGGGCAGCGGUGAGUGCGGGCAGCCCGUGCGGGCAGCACGCCGCCUCCCUGGCCCCCGGAGGCAGAGCGGGUGGCUCGCCGCUGACGGCUGUGUGGUCGUUCCCUUGCAGACCAUGGACCGAGAGUUCAGGAAGUGGAUGAAAUGGUAUGGAAAAAAGCAUGCAGAAUACACACUGGAAAGAGGCGACUUCCUCUCGGAGGAGUGGAGAGAGCGGAUUGCCAACACAAGUGUUAUAUUUGUGAAUAACUUUGCCUUUGGUCCUGAGGUGGAUCACCAGCUGAAGGAGCGGUUUGCGAACAUGAAGGAAGGCGGCAGGAUUGUGUCCUCGAAGCCCUUUGCGCCUCUGAACUUCAGAAUAAACAGCAGAAACUUGAGCGACAUCGGCACCAUCAUGCGCGUCGUGGAGCUCUCGCCCCUGAAGGGCUCUGUGUCCUGGACGGGGAAGCCCGUGUCCUACUACCUGCACACCAUCGACCGCACCAUACUUGAAAACUACUUUUCUAGUCUGAAAAACCCAAAACUCAGGGGCGGCGAGCGGCCCUCGUGCUGUCCCGGCGUGAGUCGCCAUCCGAGGGCAGAGCGGCCGCCCCCGCAGCGGGGCGCCAGCCUGGGUCCUGACUGCGCCGGCCGCCUGGUUCCUGCAUUCCUCCCAGUGCUCACGCCCUCCCCGCUGCGGCCUCGUGGCCGCUGUCCGUUUGUUCCGGUGGUGAUGCGGUCUCGGCACCCCUACCUCAUCCAGUUUCUGCUGGAAGAGCCUCUUGAUCUCCUCUUUCUGGGCCUGGCAGUGGCCGAACAGCUGCUGUGCGGCCCCCAGCAGCCGGGCGUUCUUCUCCUGCAGGGGCGCAGCACGUGGUUGAGAGCAUCGCUGCUCGGUGAGGAGCAACGUCCCGCAGCCUCUCCAGACCCUGCAGGGGCAGGUGACUGGGCCUGCGGAGACCGUCACUGCUCCUACGGCGUGGGAGCCCCCGCCGGGUUAUGCCUCCGGGCCCAGGACAGCCCGGCAGCGUUCGGGACCAGGGGGCAGAACCGCUCCAGAAGCACCCCCAGCCCCGUGCCGCAGACCCGAGAGUCCUUGUCCACACUUGAAAAGCAGAUGGGCGCUAAUGCACACAGCGCCGGAAGCAAAAGUCUCGCCCCAGCCCCUGCAGGCUUCUACGCGGGCUCGGUGGCCGUCAGCCCAGCCCCCCUCGCUUCCGGAGCAGAUCCCGGCACCUUUGACGAGGUCCCCAGCGCAGGCGGUCUGUUUGCCAGCGUGGGGUCCUGUGGCUCCACCCCGCAGCACCCGCCCCUGCUGCCGCAGCCCCGCGGCUCUGGCGCAGCCUCGCCCGCCCACCCGCUCUGCGCCAGCCCCCGCCUGGGCGGUGCCGCCCAGGGUCCGCUCCCUGACGCCAACAAAGGGGACCUUCCUCCCGAGGCCGGCUUCUCGGACCCCGAGGGCGAAGCCAAGCGGAGGAUCGUCUUCACCGUCUCGGCCGGCGGGGGCGGCACCAAGCAGUCGCCUCCCAGCAAGCCCAGCCUCUGCACUUUGGGGCCAGUGGGGAGGCAGCCAGGGCACGGGCAGGCAGCACGCAGCGGGCAGAAGGAAGUUCGAGCGGCGGAGGGACCCCGGCUUCUGAGCUCAGCGGCGCAGCCUGGCUGGUUCAUCGUCGUGGUCAGCCUCUUCACGCAGUCUUCAGGGUCCCCCCUGAACCUCAACUCCAUGGUUAGCAACAUUAACCAGCCUCUGGAAAUCACGGCCAUUUCGUCCCCCGAGAGCCUGAAGAGCUCCCCUGUCCCCUACCAGGACAGCGACCAGCCGCCCGUCCUCAAGAAGGAGAAGCCCCUGAGCCAGACCAACGGGGCCCACUACUCUCCACUGACCUCGGACGAGGAGCAGGGCUCCGAGGAUGAGCCGGGCAGCACCAGAAUUGAGAGAAAAAUUGCGACAAUCUCCUUAGAAAGCAGAUCUCCCCCGAAAACCUUGGAAAACGGUGGUGGCCUGGCUGGGAGGAAGCCGACCCCUGCCAGUGAGCCCACCAACAGCAGCAAGUGGAAGUCUACCUUUUCGCCCAUCUCCGACCUCGGCCUGGCCAAGUGUGCCGACAGCCCGCUGCAGGCCGGCUCCGCCCUGAGCCAGAACUCCCUGUUCGCUUUCCGGCCCCCCCUGGAGGAGCCCGGCUCGGCCGACGCCAAGCUGGCCGCCCACCCCAGGAAAAGCUUUCCCGGUGCCCUGUCGGGGGCAGGCGGGCUGAGCCCAAGCAGCAACCCUCCCAACGGCUUCGCCUUCAGCGGGGGCCUGGCCGCCGACCUCAGUUUACACAGCUUCAGUGAUGGUGCUUCUCUCUCCCACAAGGUCCCCGAGGCGGCAGGCCUGGGCGCCCCCCUGAGCUUUCCCGCCCCCCGGGGCAAGGACAGCGCUGCAGAGCCUGGGCCCUUUGUGAACAAGAGGCAGCUGGACGGCGCGGGCGGCCCCAAGGGCAGGGAGGCAGGCGAGCCGGGCCCCCCGGCGUGUGGGCCGACGGGCAGAGCGCCACUUCUCACGGGGCCUCCCCGUUGGGCCCUCAGGGACACCUGUCCGGUGUCUGCCCUGUGCCGGGCGGACCUGCGCCCACCCCGCCCUCCCCGCGGGCUCACGACUACGGCCUCCCCGUCCCCGCAGCUCAAGGCUCGGUGUGAGGAGUUGAAACUGGACUGGUCCACGCUGUCGCUGGAGAACCUGCUGAAGGAGAAGCAGGCCCUGAGGAGCCAGAUCUCCGAGAAGCAGAGGCACUGCCUGGAGCUGCAGAUCAGCAUCGUGGAGCUGGAGAAGAGCCAGCGGCAGCAAGAGCUUCUGCAGCUCAAGUCCUGCGUGCCGCCCGACGACGCCCUGUCGGCGCACCUGCGCGGGAAAGGCGCCCUGGGCCGGGAGCCGGAGGCGGACCCCGGCCGGCUGCACCUCGACCUGGACUGCUCUAGGUUCUCCCUGCCGCACUUCAGCAGCGCCAGCCCGGAACUCUCCAUGAACGGCCACGCGGCCAGCUACGAGCUCUGCGGUGCGCUGAGCCGGCCCCCGUCCAAGCAGAACACCCCCCAGUACCUGGCCUCCCCGCUGGACCAGGAGGUGGUGCCCUGCACCCCCAGCCACGGCAGCCGGCCAAGGCUCGAGAAGGUGUCUGGCCUGGCCUUGCCGGACUACACCAGGCUGUCCCCGGCCAAGCUGGUGCUGAGGCGGCACCUCAGCCAGGACCACGCGGCCGGCGGCAAGACGGCAGCUGGGGAGCUACACCCGCGAGCCGAGCACGCCAAGGAGAACGGCCUUCCGUACCAGAGCCCGGGCAUCGCCAACGGCAUCAAGCUGAGCCCUCAGGACCCCCGGCCCUCAUCGCCCGUGGCCUUACAGAUGACAGGGGAGAGGGGCAGCGAGAAGAACGCCUCUCUGUCCAUCAAGCUCGCCUCCCUCCCGCACAAGGCCCCCCGCCCCUCCUUCACGGUGCACCACCAGCCCCUGCCCGGGCUGGCCCUGGCCCAGGCCGCGCCCGUGAUCCCACAGGCCAGCUCCACGGGGCCGUCCGCCGUGUGGGUUUCCCUUGGCAUGCCGCCUCCGUAUGCCGCGCGCCUUGCGGGGGUUAAGCCAAGAUAA